AAAUCUGAUUUCGUAUGGUGGCACUCCUGAUAUAUGAACAUAACCUAAAAGUCAUAUAUCAAGACACUUUUUAAAUAAUAAAUAAAAAUGAAUAAACAUUCAAAAAUACAUUGAAUAUAAUAAAAAUCGUCUAAUUUUCAAAAAUUCCCGUGAAAUACUUUUAAUAAUAAAAAAUGGCAACAAGACUACUAGGUUGUGCAAGAUUAACAAUUGUAGAAAAUGUAUUAUUUAACACCCAAAAUAAUAUCAAGAGACAUGGGCAUCGUAUGCGAGGAAAGGCCCCAGAUGUUGCAAGAACUCUUGAACAAAGAUUAAAUGAAAUGAUAAAGCAAGAUGAAGCUGUGUCAUAUAGAGUAGAUAUUGGAUUUCCAUCCUCUUCCAAAUCGAGAUCAGAUCAACUUUAUGAACGUAUGGCACACAUUAAAAAGCUGCGGAGUGAUACAGAACUUGAGAAGCUUGCUAGAAAUCAGCUAUUAGAAGUAAACUUAUCAGACGUCAGAAAAGAUUGGCUUGAAACAAUUGGACCAUUUCAUAUAAGAAGAAUAGCAGAUCAUUAUUCAGUUUAUGAACAUUUAUUUGGAGAUGCUUAUUUUAUACCUAGGGUUAAUUUGCAAGUAUUUUUCGAACAGCCUUUUGAUUAUUCGUGCCCUGUAUUUUAUGGGAAUAUUAUUAAACCUAGUGAUGCCAAAGAGAAACCAAUAAUAGAAUAUGAUGCUAGUAAAGAUGACUUGUAUACUUUGGUAUUAACAAACCCUGAUGGAAAUUUUACAGAAGAAGAUAAGGAGUAUGUUCAUCUUUUUAUAGCUAAUAUACCAGGAUCAGAUGUUUCUAAAGGAGAAACAAUCGUACCAUAUUUACAACCAAUACCACCUAAAGGUACAGGCUAUCAUAGAUACAUAUUUAUUCUGUAUAAACAAGAUAAAACGAUGGAUUUUACCAAACUAAAAGUUGAUAAUAGUACUGAUUUAACGAAGAGAUCAUUUAAAACAUUGGACUUCUAUCGUGAAAAUCAAGAUUUUAUUACCCCAGCAGGAUUAUGCUUUUUCCAAAGUGACUGGGACCAAACCCUUACAGAUUUUUAUCACAAAGUUUUGAAUAUGAAAGAACCCAGAUAUGAAUACGAUUUCCCAGAACCCUAUUUACGACCACAGGAAUGGUUUCCAAGAAAACGACCUUUUAAUAAAUACAUGGACAAAUACCGUGAUCCAAAGGAGAUAAAUAAAGAAUAUUUGAUGGAAAAACUGAAGAAAGUUCAUCCAUUUGAAGAACCUGAGAAAGAAUUAAUGUUUCCUAAUGCACAACCAUUUGAUAGAUCAACUUAUCUGCCUAGUUGGCUAAGAGAAAAAAUCAAGAAAGAUAGACAAGGCAUAGGCCGAAUUAAUGAAAUUAAAUAA